AUGUCUGUCUUGUUCUGGGAAGAGAACGUGAAUUUGCAGUCCUAUAACACGUUCAAUGUUAAAUGUGUCGCGCGGUGGCUUGUCCGGGUACGAAAUCUCGAUCAACUUAGCCACCUUGUCACUUCAGCUCGGUUCCGUGAGAAUCGACAUUUGAUUCUUGGCGGUGGGAGUAAUAUCCUGCUCGGAAAUUCUGAAUAUGAUGGCGUUAUUCUGAAAAGUGAGAUUAAGGGGAUUGAGGUUGAAACUGAAGACGAUCAGCAUAUCGUGCUUCGUAUUGGUGGUGGUGUUGAAUGGGGCUCACUUGUGGGAUAUUGUCUCGACAACCACCUCGGUGGUCUGGAGAAUCUUUCGCUAAUACCUGGCACGGUCGGUGCAGCACCUAUCCAAAAUAUUGGUGCAUAUGGAGUGGAAUUGAGUGAUGUCUUGGUCUGUGUCGAGACAUUUGACGUGGAUACUGGUGAAACGAGACUCAUGAUGAAAGAUGAGUGUGAGCUUGGGUAUCGAGAUAGUAUCUUCAAGCAUUCUCUGAGAAGUUUGAUGGUCUGUUUUGUUACGAUUAGAGUGACCAAACCGGGAUAUCACUGUCUCAACACAUCCUAUAUGUCAGUCCAAGAGGUCUUACUGGAUCGUGGGAUCUCAAUACCAACCAUUCGCUCUAUUAGUGAAGCGGUAUCUCUGCUUCGGAUGAAGAAGCUAUUUGAUCCGAAGAAUAUCGGAAAUGCAGGAAAUUUUUUCAAAAAUGUGAUAUGUGAUGAGUCGAUGUAUCGGAGAAUUGCGAGGAUUGAUGCCAAUGUUCCAUUUUACCGCAGAUUUGAUGGCAUGUUCGUCAUACCUGCUGCAUGGUUGAUUGAGAGAUGUGGCUGGAAAGGAAGAGAAUUUGAUAACGUGGGAGUAUCAAGAAGUCAUGCUCUUGUUCUUGUCAAUCUUGGUCGGGCACAGGGUCGUGAGAUUGUUUGGUUGGCGGGUUUGAUUAUGAGGGAUGUGAAGGCUCAACUUGGGUUAAUAUUGACACCUGAAGUCAAUAUUGUGAGCUAG